GUUACAGUACACAACAGAAGCACACAUUUCACCUGCGUGAUCAACUGGAUAGAGACUUGUAGCCACAACACAAAUAGCUGAACGCGUUUUUGGAGGAAGAACCAUGACGCGCAAUUACGCACGGGACUAAAGGAAUUUGACGUCCAGCGCCUGUCUUUUUGAAUCUCCGCCAGAGGAUUCGCUGUCCAUAGUUUUGAAUUCUCUCCAUUUACAGAGACGAUAUCUAUGCACGACGUCAUUAGUUCAGCUACAGCCUCUCCUCAACUCUUAACUCUGAAGUUAACCAUCCAGUCCUCUAUGUGCACUGGACAGGAUGGGAUGCUCCACCAGUUCCCAAACUUCAGCGGUAGAUACGACUCGACCCAGUGCUAAGCCCGAGGAGAGCAACGGAUCCAGCACAACAGGGGCAGCCAAUGAGAAUGGCAAAGUAGCUGAGGACAGCGAAACUAUUCCCGACCAGACACCCGCUGGGGGCGGCGAUGCUAAGCCUGCAGAUGAAUCUGCUGCAGCUGCGCCUGCAGAGGCAGCAGCAGACAGCACCGCAGAGGCGGCGGGGAGCUGCGCAGAGCCUGCAGCUCCUGAACAAGAAAUAGCAGAGGUCACAGUGACCGAUUCAGAGCCCAAAACAGAGGAGGAACCAGCGCCCAGCGAGUGAAGUGCAACUUGAACAACUGCACAGAUGAGUUUGCUGGAAGUGUCUUACCUUGUUUGUAUGCAUGAGUGAAAGCAUGUGUAGGUGUGCGUUUGCAUGUGAAAGACAUCGCCUCGUUGCCAAGAUGCAGACCCUGCUUUGAUAAAUCACUUUCAGCCAGGGUUCCUCAGUCAUCACUGUGCCUUCUUCCCCUUAUGAUGAUGUAUGGCUGCAGUUUCUCCUUGCAAACUGUAUAUAGACAGAGUUCUACAGCACUUAGUGUUUAUUUUCAGAUGAUGUCAUCAUGUCAGGAUAACUUAAAUUCUAUUUAUUAUCUGUAUAGAAAUUUAUAAUAGCAGAUUUUCAAUUUAACUUGAACCUAAGAAUCCAUUCUUUACUUUUCUACAAAAAUUAUAAGGAAAGGAAACAAAAGCCAAAAUAUAUUUGAUUUAUGAACUUAUUUUAUUUUUGGGUAGCUAGCUUUGAUUUUACAACCAUGUUUGUAAUAAAUAUGAAGAGCUGAGAACCGUACACAUCAAUAUAGGAGCAUCAAUAAGAUAAGCGUACAUUUGAAACUUUGUUUUGUUUCUGAGGUGUCAGGAUUUCUCUCUGGAAAGAUGGCCUAAAAUCUGUAAUAAGCUAUGAACUGUCAAAAAAUUAAAAGACCACAUUAAAAACGACACAUGCACUUUCUUUGUCGGAUGUGACGUUUUAGGGCGAAAUAACCAUUUUAGAAUCAGAGAUGGUGCUACAUGUGUUUUUAUUAGUGAGAGCUGAGCUUUUAAAAUAUGUUAAAGUAUUUCUCUGGAACCGAACAGAAGAUGAAACACCAAACUAUAAGCAGCACCAAGACGAAGCUGAAUCUGGCCACUGUGACCAGGGAUGAGUUGUGCAGAUACAAUCCCACUUUAUCAUUACAUUUUGUUCUAUGAUGGUUAAUUAAGUGCUGCUCUAUUGUUCAGGGUUUUAAUCUAAAGUGGUAGAAUACUGAAAGUAAUUCAGAAGUGUAGUCAACCAGCUACAGUGGCCAGAGGAGAAACCAAUGUAUGCUAAAACCUUAAAAUAUGGAAAAAGAAA